CAUUUGGUCCUCCAUUUGACUCAGUCCGAAAUGGUGGCCGAGACUGUUUACAGUCUGAAGAAGCCUGUAGAAGACACCGCAAGUCGCGCACAACAGCAGCUACAAUUGUUCCAGAAAUCAAGUAUGCAGCAGCCAUUCAAAUCAGCAGCUAGCCACCCAGUUUCUCAUUUCAAGCUUACACUUUCUGGUCCUUGUCUCACAACAACCAACUGCUGAGCAGCCACGCUAGUUCCUGACAGCAUGCAGUAGAACCUUGGAGCUCCAGCCUACGCCUCCACUCCCUUUCGACGAAAUGGUCACGUCGUCCUUCUCGGACCUCGCUUCCAACGACGGACUCCUGAGCCCCGACACACCCGAAAUUCCAGUGCGUCCCACCGGGAACUCGUGUGAGACCGACGCGCAUGGGGGCACGUGUCCGGAGAUGGCGGCGGUGAAGGUGCAGAAGGUGUACCGGAGUUAUCGAACCCGGCGGAGGUUGGCGGACUCGGCGAUUCACGCGGAAGAGCUCUGGUGGCAAGCUAUUCACUAUGCGAGACUGACCCGCAGCACGAUCUCUUUCUUCAAUUUCUUGGAGCCCGAAAGUCUGGCUUCCAAGUGGACUCGUGUCAGCUUCAAUGCCUCAACGGUGGGCAAGGGUUUGACCGAAGACGCCACAGCACAACAACUCGCUGUUGAUCACUGGAUUGAAGCUAUUGAUCCACGGCAUCGAUACGGACAUAACUUGCAUAUGUACUAUGAAGAGUGGAGCAAAGCGGAUACUGGUCAGCUAUUUUUCUUAUGGUUAGAUGUAGGAGAUGGCAAAGACCUUGAUCUCAAACAAUGCUCAAGAUCAAAGCUGCAACAGCAAUGCAUCAAGUAUCUUGGACCUCAAGAGAGGGAGCAUUAUGAAUACGAAAUUGUCCGAGGGGAAAUAAUUCACAAACAAACCAGAGAUUCCCUUGAUACAACCGGAUGGUCAGAACGGACCAUGUGGAUAUUUGUUUGGAGUACCUCAAAGAAAGUCUAUGUUGGUCAGAAAAAGAAAGGAGUGUUCCAUCAUUCUAGCUUCUUGGCUGGGGGAGCCACAUUGGCUGCUGGAAGGCUAGUGGUAGAGCAUGGAAUUCUUAAGUCCAUCUCUCCGCAUAGUGGACAUUAUAAGUCAACAGAUGACAGGCUUGACAGCUUUUUAUCCUUUCUCAAGGAAAAUGGGGUGAACAUUGAUGAAGUUGAGAUAAAGCUGAAUGAAGAUUCUGAUGGCUCUGAUGACAACGAACUGAAUGGAGGUGGCGCUUCAGUAGAAGUUUCGACAAAUUCAGAAGCUAACGAAGUUGAAAUUCCAGAUAAAAAGAGAAAAACCCCAUCCUCAGAAUCAACUGAAAUCCCUCAAACUAAAAGCAAAAACAAAUGCCAAAGGACUUUAUCAGGUGGCCUUCGGAGCCCGACAGCUGAGGUGCCGAAGAGUGCAAUAUUGGAACGAAUCAAUUCCAAGAAGGCAGUAAAAUCUUACCAAUUAGGGCGUCAGCUCUCACUCAAGUGGUCAACUGGAGCUGGACCAAGAAUUGGUUGUGUUGCUGACUACCCUGCAGAGGUGAGAGUAAUGGCAUUGGCUGGUAUUGCAUCACCAACCGCAUCACCUACAACUCAUCCUGCACCGGAUAUCGGUAAUGGUGAUGGGGCCAAUGGCGACUGAAUUCAUAUAUCAGUAUAUCACCAAGUUUAUGCUUCCUCCUAAUGGUAAUGGAAUUUGCUUUACUAAA